UAAACAAAACAAACCCACGGCAAUAACAACAAAUUUGUUAUUUGCUCAAUUUAUAAAUUAAAAAAUCAUGAAUCUAAAAUAUAAGCGACGGUACGAGAGUUUAAAACGCUCUGUGAAGAGUUAUCUGCUGGAGAACGCAUCUCUCACCGACGAGAUCUGCCGCCUGCAGGCCGAGUUAUCCGUCACCCGAUCUCAGAGGCUAUAUUUGAUUGAGAGGCUCAUGUUCCACGAGGGUCUGGAGAAGUCGACCAAUGGACGUCCCAGUGUCUCGAACGGAAAAGUCGAACCCACUGAUGCUACUUCUGGGGGUCAGAAGAAACCCAAACCAGUUGUUGUGCACAAGAAGCCCAGCGAAGAAAAGCCGAAAAAUGUCGCGGUGAUACGGAAAAAGAAGCCCAUGUUUCCGAUGAACCUGAAUAAUGUAUUGCUGCACUCACUGGGGGAGAUAAUAUCAGUGAAUCCCAAUUUCCACACCGAGAACUGGAUAUAUCCAGUGGGCUAUGUGGCCACCCGGAUUUACGCCCAUCCCAAGGACCCGCGCAAAAAGUGUGUAUUUACUUGCAAAAUUCUGAACAACGCCGGGAUUCCCCAAUUUCAAAUAAUACCCGACAACGAUUUGGAUGGAGUCUUCUUCGGAGAGAGCGCCAAUACGUGCCACAUGGAACUUUUAAACUCCAUUCAGAGGUCUCCCAGUGUAAAAGUGAAAAUACCCUUUGACAUACAAGGAGAGGUCUUCUUUGGAUUGUCCAACCAAAAGACACAGUCGCUUCUUAUGAUGGACCCAGGCUAUCAUCAUUGCACAAAUUUCAAAGGAUUCGCAGUGCAGAAUGUUCAAUCGUUGAAUAGCGUCUCAUUAUCGUUUGAGACGCUUCAAGGGUUUUUAUCCUGAUAAGAUUUUUUAGUUUGUCUCUACUAUAAGAUUUUCAUAAAUAGAUAAGAAUAAAACCUAUU